AUGGGUAUCCAAAGUUAAAGUGUAAGCAGUGUGUAAACAUUAGAUCUAAAUCUACAUGUUUAAACCCACCUGAUGACCUAUAAUUAUAAACUCAAGAAUAGGAAACCAUUGCAAAACAAGUGUGUUCUUGUGGCUCAAAGUCUUUAUUGUAUCCCUCUACUGUCAGUGCAGUCUAAGUUUCUAGUCAUUUCCAUGUCUAAUUCCCUUAGUAUAAUGGUAGUGGUUAUACGUAUUUGUCUUACUGCAUAAUAUAACUAUAUUAUGCACCAAUGAGUUUUUAAUGCCACGAUCUCCACAGACCUCAGCUGCCAUUUGAUCAGAGUCAAAGCAUUACUGAGCUGUGUGAGAUUUGACUGUACUGUACCUGACCUACAAGGCCACUCCUCCAUCCCAUGACCUCGUGUUUCCACAAUAACAUGUCUGUGUUAUGCUCCUCUCCAUCCAGAGUUUAAUCGUGAAGCGUUCUGUUCACCAAUGUAUGCUGAUGUCAUGUAAGUCUAUGGUAACCCUGCAAGUCAGUGUCUGGUGUUAGCGUUAGCAUCUAGCCACUUCCCUAGUGUUCAGCGCUGUCAUGGGUCCACAUCGAAGGGAAUCACAGCCAAGCCAAUGACUGAUUGGCUUCCUUGGAAUGACUGAUAAGGGACUCGUCGUCUCUCACACAAAGCUUACCCAGUCUAAGGAUAGAAUCAAUCACACCUGAUCCACCCGCCAAUGCACAUCCCAGUGCUCUAGCGACAGUGCAAAAAUAGAAAAACUGGCCCUGGCGGUUAUUGCUUUGUGCUGGCUGGUGAGGCAGAAUGUGUGGCAUAGCAGAGACUUAGGUUAUGUCCCAAAAUGGUGCCUUAUUCCUUCUAAACGUUUGACCAGAGACCUAUGGUAAGUGCACUAUAAAUGCAAUAGGGUCCUAUUUGGGACGCAGCCCUAGGGAUGGAUUUGACAGGACAUGUCUAGCCAACGCUAGUUUACGAAGGAAUCCCCUUGACUCUUUCUUCUCUUUCACACAAAGCUACGGAUGUUAACAUCCUGUCCUUAUGGAUGUGUCUGCCUGCCACAACAAUUUUCCUUUGCCCUGCCGUUGACCCGGCCAUCUGUACAGCUGACCAUACGUCAACAGAGAGGCUAUACAGAAUAUGGUCGUGAUGCCAAUGCCACUAACACUGUAUUUUGUAAAGGAUAACAGUUCAAAAAGGCUUCAAGUACAUUAAAUGGAAUACCAAAAAAUAGUAUUUAGUCAACAUUUUCCCUGAAAAAGGGAAAACUGUUAGAAUCUGCCUUUAAUUUUCAAUACGUGUAUUACUGUAUUUUAAAGCAACAUUUUUAUUUUCGGAAUAGCUGCCUUGAAAAGUUACUGUACUCUGUCGCCACUAUACAUCUACUUAACCAGGUGCUAUGUCGCCACUAUACAUCUGCUUAACAUGGUACUAUGUCACCACUAUACAUCUACUUAACCAGGUACUAUGUCGCCACUAUACAUCUACUUAACCAGGUACUUUGUCGCCACUAUACAUCUGCUUAACCAGGUACUAUGUCACCACUAUACAUCUACUUAACAUGGUACUAUGUCACCACUAUACAUCUACUUAACCAGGUGCUAUGUCGCCACUAUACAUCUACUUAACCAGGUGCUAUGUCGCCACUAUACAUCUACUUAACAUGGUACUAUGUCACCACUAUACAUCUACUUAACCAGGUACUAUGUCGCCACUAUACAUCUACUUAACCAGGUACUUUGUCGCCACUAUACAUCUACUUAACCAGGUACUAUGUCACCACUAUACAUCUGCUUAACAUGGUAAUAUGUCGCCACUAUACAUCUGCUUAACCAGGUACUUUGUCGCCACUAUACAUCUGCUUAACCAGGUACUAUGUCACCACUAUACAUCUACUUAACAUGGUACUAUGUCACCACUAUACAUCUACUUAACCAGGUGCUAUGUCGCCACUAUACAUCUACUUAACCAGGUGCUAUGUCGCCACUAUACAUCUGCUUAACAUGGUACUAUGUCACCACUAUACAUCUACUUAACCAGGUACUAUGUCGCCACUAUACAUCUACUUAACCAGGUACUUUGUCGCCACUAUACAUCUGCUUAACAUGGUACUAUGUCGCCACUAUACAUCUGCUUAACCAGGUACUAUGUCACCACUAUACAUCUACUUAACCAGGUACUAUGUCACCACUAUACAUCUGCUUAACAUGGUACUAUGUCGCCACUAUACAUCUGCUUAACCAGGUACUAUGUCACCACUAUACAUCUGCUUAACCAGGUACUAUGUCACCACUAUACAUCUGCUUAACCAGGUACUAUGUCACCACUAUACAUCUGCUUAACCAGGUACUAUGUCACCACUAUACAUCUGCUUAACCAGGUACUAUGUCACCACUAUACAUCUGCUUAACCAGGUACUAUGUCACCACUAUACAUCUGCUUAACCAGGUACUAUGUCACCACUAUACAUCUGCUUAACCAGGUACUAUGUCACCACUAUACAUCUGCUUAACCAGGUACUAUGUCACCACUAUACAUCUGCUUAACCUGCAGAUAGGUGCUUUAGGGUGUGCUCUCUAUCAGCUAAGAGACUCAUAAUAAUAAAAGUCCAGUGUUAUAGACAUUCCUGCCUGUAUAAAAUGUCUGCAUCCUUGAAUAGUGAAGGCUGUAUGGCCUUAGCACCAUUAGGCAGUACACCGAGGAAGAAAACGUCUCUGUUUCGAAGGCCUCAGCCCAAAGAUUGAUGAGCCUUGGUUAAAGCUGCCAGCAGUUCCAGAACCUUAUUCUGUCAUCCUUACUAACCUAGAAAGUUUCUUUGCAAUCGCGAGGAAAAGGUCAACAAUUCAAAAGAAAUACAUCCUUGAAGUAAAUCUUGACAUCUCUCGUCAUUCAUAGCCAGCAGGCAGGAGAGGUAGAGCUAUUCCGUUCUUUUAAAAUUAACUUACUAAAGGAAUGAAUUUGUCAAACAUAAAAAAAGCUUUUGUUUGAUUUUUAAAAAAAUCUUUGAGUUGCAAUUUUCUUUUUAUUGUAGGAACUUCAUGUCACUAAACUAAACUGUCAUUAAAUAAAUAUGGUUUAGUAGUGGGGACCUAUAGUUUUUAGGACUGUUGAAAUAUUUUUAAUAGUGGUGGUUGAAUCCUUCCAGUGUGUAUUGUGUAGUGUAUAGUCAACUGUAGUCCUACUGAAUGAAUAGCCAACUUUAGUAAGGCGUAAACUGAAUGUGUUUUAUAAUUAUAUUGUAUGUCGAUUCCUAUGGUGUAUUUGUGAAAAUGAUUAGAAACUAAUAAAAAUAUAUAUUGGGUAGGUACACAUAUUUAUUUGGACAGAGAAGCUGAAACUUUUAAUUUGGCUCUAUACUCCAGCAUUUUGUAUUUGAGAUCAAAUGUUUCAUAUGAGGCAACAGUACAGAAUGUCACCUUUUAUUUGAGGGUAUUUUCAUACAUACAUACAUACAUAAAUACAGUGCAUUCCGAAAGUAUUCAGAACCCCUUGACUUUUUCCACAUUUUGCUACAUUACAGUUUUAUUCUAAAUCAAUCUACACAUGACAUAGCGAAAACUGGUUUUUAGAAAAAACUGAAAUACUCUUUGCUGUGAGACUUGAAAUUGAGCUCAGGUGCAUCCUGUUUCCAUUGAUCAUCCUUGAGAUGUUUCUUCAACUUGAUUGGAGUCCACCUGUGGUAAAUUCAAUUGAUUGGACAUGAUUUGGAAAGGCACACAACUGUCUAUAUAAGGUCCCACAGUUGACAGUGCAUGUCAGAGCAAAAUAAGAAGUUUGGAACCACCAAGACUCUUCCUAGAGCUGGCCGCCCGGCCAAACUGAGCAAUUGGGGGAGAAGGGCCUUGGUCAGGGAGGUGACCAAGAAUCCGAUGGUCACACUGACAGAGUUCCUCUGUGGAGAUGGGAGAACCUUCCAGAAGGACAACCAUCUCUGUAGCACUCCACCAAUCAGGCCAUUAUGGUACAGUGGCCAGAUGGAAGCCACUCCUCAGUAAAAGGCACAUGACAGCCCGCUUGGAGUUUGCUAAAAGGCACCUAAAGGACUCUCAGACCAUGAGAAACAAGAUUCUCUGGUCUGAUAAAACCAAUAAUUAACUAUUUGGCCUGAAUGCCAAACGUCACGUCUGCAGGAAACCUGGCACCAAUCCCUACGGUGAAGCAUGGUGGUGGCAGCAUCAUGCUGUGGGGAUGUUUUUCAGCUGCAGGGACUGGGAGACUAGUCAGGAUCGAGGGAAAGAUGAACGGAGCAAAGUACAGAGAGAUCCUUGAUGAAAACCUGCUCCAGAGCGCUCAGGACCUCAGACUGGGGCGAAGGUUGACCUUCCAACAGGACAAUGACCCUAAGCACACAGCCAAGACAACGCAGGAGUGGCUUCAGGACAAGUCUCUGAAUGUCCUUGAGUGUCUCAGCCAGAGCCCGGACUUGAACCCGAUCGACCAUCUCUGGAGAGACCUGAAAAUAGCUGUGCAGCGAUGCUCCUAAUCCAACCUGACAGAGCUUGAGAGGACCUGCAGAGAAGAAUGGGAGAAACUCCCCAAUUACAGGUGUGCCAAGCUUGUAGUGUCAUACCCAAGAAGACUCAAGGCUGUAAUCGCUGCCAAAAGUGCUUCAACAAAGUACUGAGUAAAGGGUCUGAAUACUUAUGUAAAUGUGAUAUAUCCGGGUUGUUUUUAUAAUACAUUUGUAAAAAAAAAUCAAAAAACCUGUUUUUUCUUUGUCAUUACGGGGUAUUGUGUGUAGAUUGAUGAGAGAGAAAAAAACAAUUUAAUCAAUUUUAGAAUAAGGCUGUAACGUAACAAUAUUUGGAAAAAGUCAAGGGGUCUGAAUACUUUCCAAAUGCACUGUACAUACACACAUACAUGCAUACAUACAGAUGCACAAAGAUCAUGCCCUGUUAUUGGUACUGGUGAGAGGUUUUUUAAUGAUCUUUGACCCUCUGUAACAUUCUUACUCAUCCUUAUUCACGAUUCAUUCAUGAUUAUUCGGAAUCAUGGUAUUAUCCACAUUAAUGUAGAAGUGUUCAUAAACAUACAGUAUUCUAUUCUUAUUUACAAUAAAAGUGACUCCAAAAUGACACAAUACGUUAUUUACCAUUCAUUUAUAUUUCCACAAAAUAAUCCGAAACACACUGCAAAUCGAGAGCUUGGGACUAGAAGGUGCUAUCUGCAAAAAGAUGAUUCUGAGAUAAUUGGCUUUAAAGUUCCGAACCCUCAUUGCAUUGAAUGGUGUCAGCAAUUUUUUAUAUUGUAUUCUUUUGAACUUAACAACAUGAAUUUGGGGUAUUUAAGGUAGUUUAUAGGUAGAGACCAUUGAACAGAACCAGGCUAUGUCAAUAACUUAAUUUUGUCAAACAUGAAGAUAGAACCUUAUAGUCCCGAGCUCUCGAAAUGCAUCCAACAAGUUUGUAGUCACAAGCAAUGAUGUAGUCAUUGCGUGCAAGGAAUAUGGGACCAAAUAUUAAAUACUAAAAUAGGGGGACUAGAUACAUAAAGGGCUUUCAUUUCUAAACGGUAAAACAGAUAUGUAUGAACAUACCCUCAAAUUAUUAAAGAUUACAUUCUGUACUGUCGCCUCAUAUGAAACAUUUGAUCUCAAAUCCAAACUGCUGGAGUAUAGAACCAAAUGAAAAGUUUUAGCUUCACUGUCCAACUAACUACGUAGGGGAGUGUAUAUAUUAAAUCUUAAUACUAAUCUCUAUAUUCAUAUAUUACCUUUCACCUGCUACCUCUUAGUAUUUUAUCACUCCAUGUACUAGGUAUCAAAUAUGUACAGUAGUUUGGUAAUACAGCACUCUCAUUCAGACGUCCUCAUACUUACAGUACCAGUCAAAAGUUUGGACACACCUACUCAUUCAAGGGUUUUUCUUUAUUUUUACUAUUUUCUACAUUGUAGAAUAAUAGUGAAGACAUCAAAACUAUGAAAUAACACAUAUGGAAUCAUGUAGUAACCAAAAAAGUGUUAAACAAAUCAAAAUAUAUUUUAUAUUUGAGAUUCUUCAAAUAGCCACCCUUUGCCUUGAUGACAGCUUUGCACACUCUCAAAUCUAAAAUAUAUUUUGAAUAGGUUAACACUUUUUUGGUUACUAGAUGAUUCCAUAUGUGUUAUUUCAUAGUUUUGAUGUCUUCACUAUUAUUCUACAAUGUAAAAAAUUGAAAUAAAUAAAGAAAAACCAUUGAAUGAGUAGGUGUGUCCAAACAUUUGACUGGUAGUGUACACCAUAGUCACUCCCAUUUCUACUCACUGUUACUCACACCUCAUAACAACCCACACCAUAACAUCCAACCUGUGGUGUGUUAAUAUGCUUCCAUGUCUACGGUGUGUUAAUAUGCUACCAUGUCUAUCACGGCUUAAGUCAACCUAACCUCUAAAUGAUCUACUCCUAACAGGGAAGAAGAACAGCCUGCUCCUCCAGAAGUUCCAGAAGGAUCUGAACGCUGGGGUGUUCAACACGCAGGAGAACGAGAUAUUGAAGCAGAUCAUCCGUCAGGACAGGGAGAUGGUGAUGAUGGUGGACCGCAAGCAGUCGGUCACAGGGAUGUCAGUCACAGGGAUGUCGGUCACAGGGAUGAACACCACCCCGAUGUCUGGAAACUCCAUCAUUAACUCGCCGGCUCAGCCGCCCUACACCACUGCCCUGGGCAACAACCAGUUCCAGCAGUCAGCCACCCCUUUGACCUACAGCGCUUCAGCCGUCAUCGCCCCCUCUGCCGCAGCCGCCGCCCGCAUCCUGCCAGCCUCGGCUCAGGGUGUCUAUCCCGUCCCCAGCAUCAUCCACGGCAACCUGAACUCGUCCUCGCCCGUCCCCCAGACUCCCCUCUCUCUCCAGCAGCAAGGGGCCAUUAUGUCCCCGGUGUCCUUCGCCGCGGCUGUGUGCAGUCCACCCGUGCAGACCCCUGGGCUGGCAGGCCGCAGCUUCCAGUACGGCUCACCCACCGCCUCCCAGCUCUCCCUUAUCCAGCAGCUGCCGCCUACAGCCCUACCACCACAGCAACCACUACCACUACCACAGCAACCAGGAGGAGCUGCGGCCUCCUCAGUGACACAACAACAACAACAACAACAACAACAACAACAACAACAACAACCACAACAACAGCAGCAGCAGCAGCAAGUCCCGUCACCUCAGAGGAGUGACAGCCUCCACAAGGCCAGCCAUGCUCUCCAGUCGGGAAGCCUGAGUCGAGACGUGCGCCACCUCUCUGCCUCCCAGCCCUCCCUGCCGCAUGACACAUCCCUGGGCCCCCGAGCGCACCCUGCAGCGUCUGGGGACACCCUGGUCUCCAUUGCCCCGCCGGUGGCUGCGGUCCAGGGGAUGGGUAUACAGAGCGGUCUCCGCACCACAGUGCCCCAGAGGGUCAACCUGUUCCGCCAGAUGUCAUCGGGAGCGUUGCCUCCGGUGCGAGCAGCGUCCUCUGCAGCCCAGCACAGGGAUUCCACGGGCUCUAGGAAAGAUUCUAGAAGAGAUUCUACCUUAAGCAGUACAGAGACCGAGCAAGAUAAGAUGCGGUUCGCAUCAAAUUUAUGA